AUGGCUCCCCGGCGCUCCGCCGCGCUGCUGCCCGCGGCCGCGGCGCUCUGCGGCGCCCUGGCCGCGGCCUGCGGCCUGGCCGCGCCGCUCCUCGCCUUCGCGCCCGGCGCGGCGCGGCCCGCCCGCGCGCCCUCCGUGGCGCUGCGCGCGGGGCUGCCGGAGAAGGAGAAGGUCGACUACGACCUCCCGUCGCCAGACACCCGAUCCAUCCUUGGCAAGCGCUCCAACGUCGGCCAGACCAUCGACCAGGACAAGCGCGGAAACAUGUGGGCGGUCAUCUCGCCGACCAGACGGGAGCAGGAGCAGGGGGAGUGGGACACGCCGAUCUUCUUCGUGCUCACCGUCGUGGGCACCUGGGCGCUCAUUGCAUUCUUCGCCGUGUGGACCGGUAACGACCCGCGCUUCGGCGGCGGCAUCGGUGACGGCGCCGGCGACUUUGGCAUCUGA